GACAAUACGAUCUUGGCAAUGUCAAACCUUUUGAAUGCAAAUGUCGAGACUGGCCUUAAAUAUUCAUUGGCCAUGGCUUACCAUGAAGAUAUACGAACACGUACAGCAUUUAUGCAAGUGCUUGCAAAUAUUCUUGACGAAGGAGCCAAAUUUGACAGCUUGGCAGAUAAUCUAAUGACUGAUCGAUAUGAACAAAUGAUUGAUGUACUUAUUGACUCAGAUAUAUCUGUCGUGAUGUCCCUCUGUAGCGUUUGUCCACCUUCUGACACCGCAUCUAUUAUGGAAACAAUUUUGGUCUGCUACGAAUCUCGCGAAAAGAUCAUGCAUCUACUGAAGGAAGUAAUAAAAAAAGAGGUUGCUUCGACAGAACAAGAAGCUACUUUGUUUAGAGGUACAACAGUUGCAACUCAACUAUUGUCUAUAUUCGCGCAAAAUUGUUGCGGUGCCUAUAUUCAAAGUACACUACAAUCUGUAAUGGACGAGAUAAACAUGCUACCCGAACAUAUGCAAACAUGGGAACUUGAUGCACAAAAACUUAAACCAGGAGAAGAUAUCGCAACUAACAAAGAGAAUGUUGUUCACGCGACUGAAAUCCUUUUGAAUGCAAUCUGCUCAUCAUCCAACAAAGCACCUAGAAUCUUCCGAAAAGAACUUUCAUUGAUUGUCGACGCUGUUCGAGUCAGAUUCCCAGAAGCAAAAUACUCUGCAGUCGGUGGAUUUGUCAUUCUACGUCUAUUUGGACCUGCAAUUGUUGCUCCAGAAAACUCAAUGUUCUCCAAAUUAACUACCUCGAGAACUGGAAAUGUUCGAAAACUUCUACUUCAAGCAACACGUAUCAUUCAAAACUUGGCCAACAAUGUCUUCUUUGGAGCCAAAGAAACCCACAUGAUUGUCCUCAACGAUUUUCUUACGAGCAACAUAUACAAGGUUGCUGGCUUCCUGCGGGAGAUAUCUACAGUCCCAAGUGAAGAAACCAUGGCAAUCCAGAUCCCUGCUGUGCAGCUCGAUCACAAAACAUACCACAGAGUUCACCGCUAUAUCUCUGACAACUUUGAACGCAUGGGCAGAGAUUUGAGCGAGCGCAAAGUCAAGGAGAUUUCUGAUACACAAAAAUUGCUUGAGUGGAAGAGAACACUUGAUAAGCUAUCGAGCUUGCUUGCACAGCUUGGUCGUCCUCCUGAUAUCUCUCAACAAGAUCUUACAACGCUUUCAGUAAAUUAUUCGACAGCAAACAAUAACCAUUAUUACUGUGAAUUUAUCAACCGCAACCGGUACCGCGAUGUCACUACCAUCAGUUCACUCAAUAUAUUUUACCAGGGUGGUGUUUCUAGAAGUGGACGUCCUGUAUUUUAUAUGAUUCUCAACAAAGCAAAAGGUGAAAACUUUGAUUUUGAGCUUCUUACUUAUUAUGCGCUUUGUGUUAUGGAACCAUAUAUCAAAAAGCCAUUUGAACUUUUGUUAGACACAACAUGCCUCAACACAGACUGCCACAUGCCUGCCCAUUGGCUUAAUCAGCUUGUUCAACUUAUAUUCAGUGAAAUCAAUGAUACAUUCUCUGCGCUAUAUAUCUUCAACCCAAAUACUCAAUUCCAACGAUACGUCCGAAAACUUCCUCGCGUGUUAGCCAACAGACUUCUCAAGAGAACCAUAUUUUUGUUUAGCACAGUUGAGCUGCAAGAGUAUAUCGCUCCUUCUGAACUUCGCCUCCCAAAAUCAACAGUUGACAUUGAUAAGGAGAAAUGUAUUGCAUUUUCGCCUGUAGUUAGAAUUGCUAAUAUGGUUCUAUCUAUUCCUGUUACUAUUAAACUUGGUCCUGAAUAUUUACAGAUUACGACAGUGCGCAAACAGGAAAUGCUCUGGGGAUUGAAUAGUGUCUUGAACGAUAUUUAUCAUAUCUCUGAGAUUGAUAAUGUGUUUCCUAUCUCAAGCUCAAAGAGUACAGAAACUGGAGGAGGGGAUUUCUGCAUCAAAACUGAUCAUGGACAAACAUCCUUGAUAUUUGCUACUUCCAAGAGAAACUCUAUUCUUGCUCUUCUCCGUUUCAACAAAACACGCUACGAUGAGAUUACAAAACCUGCAAACAUUCAUGAAAACUCGAUUAACCCAACAGAUGUUCCUGGUCGACUACUUAACAUGGCCUUGCUCAAUAUCGGUAGUAGUGAUCCUGAAUUGCGUGUCUCUGCAUACUGUUUAUUAUGCUCUUUGAGUGAAGCGUUCCGUUUUGACGUCGGAAAUCAACUAAUGCAUACAAGAGACCUAUGUAUUCCUGCAAACAGCACAAACUUUAUUGUCAACAUCAGUAAAAUUUUAUCCCAUACCGAGUCUCAGCUCACCUUGGAGUUCUUGGCAGAAAGUUUUGCAGGGUUAUACAAGUCUGAAAAGCAAAUGCAACUCCUCUGCUUGGAGUAUAUGUCUCCUUGGCUUCGCAAUCUGGCCAUAUUUGGGCGUGGUGGCUCAAGUAGUAACUCUCGUAGUCUCACAAAAACAAAAGAGAUUCUGCGUUUAUUUAUUGAACUUACUGUAUCUCAACCUUCGCUCUACAAACACAUUCAGGCCAAGGUGUGGAAACCAUUAGCAGAAGUUGAUGACAUGGUCAACCUUAUUCUGGAAUCAUUUAUACAAUAUUCUGUGGAAAGUGGUGUCGGUUCUUUGCGAGCAGAGUCCUUGGCAGACACUUUUGUUACAAUGGCAGGCACAUCUGUACGCGCAAAAGUUAUUUCAAGAAUGCGCAAUACUAUACAACGUACGCUGGUACAACCAUGCAAAAACUUAGUCGAUCAUCCUGCGUGGGCAGAGAUUGCCGUUCUUCUUAGAUUUCUUCUCAUGCUUUCGUUUAACAACGUCAAGACAGCCAGACCCUAUCUUCCAGAGAUUUUUCAUAUCGUUUCUCUUUUGGUAGCAACAGGCCCAGCGUUUAUCAGAGCUUCUGUCCAUGAACUUGUUAUCAAUAUUAUACACACAAUAUGCACUGGCUCGGACUUAAGCGAAGAUAACGAAAAAAAGCUGCAGUUCCUGUUAAACGACGUUUGCGACACAAAGUGCCGCCUCAACUUUGGUCUUAUCAAAUCACACGGAAAUGCUUUUGUUAUUUCACCCGAGGCCAACACAGACGCCUCUGGUCCACUUAACCUAACAUCAUUAGAGUCGGUUGUUCGCCUUUUAUUGGAUGUUUUGGCAAUUGGAGCUUCUUCAACAGAUGUCGCAAACAUGUGGAGAGCACGCUGGAUGAGCCUUGUUACUAGUACAACCUUCCAGUUUAACCCUGCAAUCCAGCCCAGAUCAUUUGUUGUUCUUGGCUGCUUAGCUCAAGAUGAAGUAGAUGAUGAUCUUAUCUAUCAAAUAUUGAUUGCAUUGAAAAGAGCCUUAGAAGAAUACGAUGAAUCUGACUCUUACUUGGUUGUCAGUAUCAUGAUGUGCCUUGGCAACAUUAUCCACCAUCUACCAGCAAACUCGCGCUAUGUAAAGUCACUUUUCUGGAUUGCCAUCGCACUUGUCCAGAUGAACCGCCCUGCCAUAUUCCCUGCUGCUAUUCAGCUGCUCCAGUCAGUCUUACAGGCUUUGGAUGACAGUAAACUGUUUGUGCACAGAUCGCUGGCAGAUGUUCUUAUGGAAGCACGCGAGCCAAUGUCAGACAUUGCAAGGGAGAUCGAUCUACAGAGCGGCGUGAACUUUGACACCCAUUUCUCCUUUGCGGUAGCUGGUAUAUUGUUAAAAGGAUUGAUCAACUGUGACCCAAAAGCCAACACACUGCAGUGUCUUACUACAUUCCUUGAGAUCGACUGUAAGAGAUCCGUUGAACAGAACGUUGUCAAGUCUCGGACGAUUGGCUACCUCGCAGUCUUGCUUCCGUUCGCGGUCGAAAACGGUGCACUCCGAGAACUUUUGCGACUGGCCGGAAUAGAU